CUGUGAUUAAAGGCGUGUGCUAACACGCCUGGCUCAGCUUUAUUUUUUAGAAGAACUGAGUAUAAUGGAACUGAGUAGAAUACUAGACCAGGAAGACCUGCCAUCACUCCAGGUUGGCCUCUGAGCUGCAGAGUGUGUUAGCUAGGAGCACAAGCAAGACUUUUCUGUCUGGUGACAGGUGCUAUGCAGUGUCCCGGUAGGCUGCUGCUGUGUAGUUCCUGAAGGGUACUUGUUUUAGUUAGGGUUUCUAUUGCUGUGAUACAGACACUAUGACCUAGACUUUCUGUGUGGUGGCAGUUGCUGUGGAGUGCUCCAGUAGGCUGCUGCUGUUUAGUUCCUGAAGGGUACUUGUUAUAGUUAGGGUUUCUAUUGCGGGAUACAGACACCAUGACCUGGAGAGAAGAGGGAUUGUUUCAUCUUGAGUUCCAUAUCACUGUCCAUCACUGAAGGAAGUCGUGACAGGAAGUGAAGCAGAGGCCAUGAAGGACUGCUGCUUAUUCGUUUCCUCCUCAUGACUUGCCUAGCCUGCUUUCUUACAGCACCCAAGUUCACCAGCCCAGUGUUUGCACUGUCCACAGUGACCCUCCCAAGUCAAUCAUCAAGAAAAUUCAGGACAGGCUUGUCCACAGUCCAAUUUAGUGGGGACAAUUCAUAACUGCUUUCUUCCAAAAUGACUACUCUGUGUCAGAUUGACAAAACUAGCCAGCACAGUGCUAUGUAUCCCUACGUUUGUAAAUUAUCACCUGUAGGCACAGAGACCCUUGGAACCAGUAGUAUAGUGCUGCCCCAGUUCCAAUUGUGGGUUGGAGUAGAUGGGUUGGGGUCUAGGCAGCCAAAGGAGAGCCAGUGCCUCAUUCACUGCACAGGUGUGGUCUCCAGGAUAGCACUCUGUUCUUUGGGAGAACCACAGGUGUCUGAAGGCUGUUUGGUACCUUGCUCACUUUGCAGAAAUGAAGCCAUCUGUAUGACUGGAACCUUUUCUCAGGGUAUGGUCCUUUGUGCUUCAAGCUUCCUACCUGGCUGCUGGCCCUCUGGUUGGUGUGCAGGUCCCUGCUCUACUCUUCCCUGUUGCAUUUCUGUCACAUUCCUUGAUUCUCUGUGCUCAGUGCUGUUUCUGGCAGAGCACAACCCUUUGAUGGCCUUAUGUUUAUAAGUAGCAUCUCUGGCUGUUUCCUGCUUUUAUGGUACACAGUGGCCUGGAGGAGAAGAUAACCGAAACUCACAGUGGCACCAUCCUUUGAGUGUUUAAGCUUGGAGAGGUGCCUGUGUCAGACCUGUACCAAGAAACAUCCUCUUCUAUUCUGAAGGCCAUGGUGAUUUUUAGCUAGCAUAGAUGGGAUUCCGGCUCAGAUCCUAGGUUGAACAUAAAUCUUAGUGAUGUCAUUAGGGUGGGGAGAUGUGUGUAUAUAUUGUAAAAUAUUGCUACAGACAGCUGACUUGAGCCCUCCAUGUCUCCAUUUGGAUAAACUAAGUGGUUAGGACUUGUAAAGGGUUCCUAUGUGGGUCAAAUUUCUUGGGUUACAAGCUGUGAUAUUUGUAUCUUUAAGAAGAAUGUCCAGGUUGGGGAUUUGUCUUGUCCUUGUCCCCUGACCAUCAGGGGCUUCUUUACUCUGCCAGCUUUGCAUCAGAAAAUUCCACCUAGAAAGCACUCAAGGUUGGACAACUGACCUAGAGUCAUUGCUGGUAAAGGUGAUGGAAUACAUUGGGCUUGCCUGUGGGUUCUUUCCAUCAACUCUUCUACACCUGCUAGCAUAGAUGCAGCUGUGCAGGGAAGGGGUCUAUCAGGUCAUUUUGUUUUCUCCCCGUAUCUGUUACCACCCCUGACCUUCCCUUCUGAUUAUUCCUCUCUCUUGUUCUUUGUAGCUGCUUGUCUAGGCUGUUCUAUGAAUGUUCUGGUAGUUCAAUUGUGGCAGCUUUUCUCCCUCUGUACUGUGUUGAGCUAUUUGACCUUGGGAUAAUCUAGUGCUGGAAGGAUUGAGGUCUAGGUGCCUCUGCUUCAGCUGCUAACCGGCCUGCAAGCUGGGUAUAUAGCCAUAUCCCUGCUUCAGUUCCCAGGCUGGAAUCCCACGUGUCCUGUGAAUUUUCUUCCUGAAGCUGCUGUAACUAAGUGCCAAAAACUGGUUGGACUGAAACUAGAGAUUAUUGUCUUCUGGGUCUGUUUUAUGGUUUAAUCAAGGUGCUUGCUGCUACAGCCACUGUAAGUGCUGGGGAAAGAUGCUGCAAAUCUCUGCAUCUGACAGCAUUCUGGGCUCAUUUAUGCAUUGUUUCAGACUUCAAAGGGCACCCUCUAAGUCCUCCUCAUGUUUCCAAGUUUUCAUUUACACGAAGACUGAUACUGGAUCAGAGCUUACCCAGAGCAUCAUUUUGCCGCUAUAAAGAUCACAUUUCCAAUGGUCAAGAAUAACUGGGGUUAAUUUCAACAUACAUACAUUUUUGGGACAUAGUUGGAUCCACAAGGUGUAAAAACCUCGUUUCCCAAACCUGUUACAAUACGGGAAUUUUCUUGAGGGCUUCUGCAUCUUCUGGAGAUGAGGUUUUUCUUCCUCUUUCCUCCCGCCCCUAGUAAGACUAUCGGUUUCCUGCGGUCCUCCGGUUGGUAGGGGGCGCAGUAGCUCUGUUGUCUCUCUGGACCGGAAGUCUCUUCCCCGGGUCUGAUGUGACUGAGGAAAGUGGAGAGGCUGUGUCAGGCACGCACCUUCUGGUUCUGACGCGAUGGCGGGCAGCGGCUCGGGGACGCUGCAGGGUCUGCAGGCAGUGGACACCGAGUUUACUGCGGACUCGGUAGAGUGGUGUCCAGUAGAGGGUUGCCAGCACCUAAUGGCCUGUGGAACCUACCAGCUGCGAACGCCGGAGAACCAGCCUGCACUGGAUGUCAGUGAACCUCAACUUCGUUUAGGUCGUCUCUACCUGUAUAGUUUCAGUGAGGACAACACGGCUAAACCUCUGUUUGAAAUCCAAAGAAGGGAUUCUUCUGCCAUCCUGGACAUGAAAUGGUGCCACAUCCCAGUGUCUGGCCACAUACUUUUAGGCGUGGCAAAUGCCAGUGGAUCUGUAGAGCUGCUCCACCUGACGGACUAUGAGAAGAACAGUUACACCCUACAAUCAAUUUCCAGCCUUACCCUGGAGGAGAGAUGUCUGUCCUUGUCCCUGGAUUGGUCAACUGGGAAACCUGGAAGGGUCAGAGAGCAGCCCUUGAAGAUCAUUAGCAGUGAUUCUAAGGGGCAGCUGCAUCUCCUGAUGGUGAAUGAGGGAGGGGCUGAACUACAGCUAGUGGCUUCAUGGCCAGCCCAUCACUUUGAGGCCUGGAUUGCUGCUUUCAAUUACUGGCAGACAGAACUCGUGUAUUCAGGGGGAGAUGAUUGCCUUCUGAAAGGCUGGGACACUAGGAUGCUUGGCACACCUGUCUUCACUAGCAAAAGACACUCCAUGGGUGUGUGCAGCAUCCAGAGCAACCCCCAUCAGGAACAUAUACUGGCUACUGGAAGCUAUGACGAGCAUGUUCUGCUGUGGGACACUCGGAAUAUAAAGCAGCCGUUGGCAGAUGUGCCGGUGCAAGGAGGCGUGUGGAGACUCAAGUGGCACCCAGUCCACCACCACCUACUCCUGGCAGCCUGCAUGCACAAUGGCUUCAAGAUUCUCAACUGCCAGAAGGCCAUUGAGGAGAAGCAGGACGUGACUGUGUUAAUAUCCCAUGAAAUGCCUAAUUCAUUAGUGUAUGGGGCUGACUGGUCCUGGCUUCCUUUCUGUUCCAUGAAGCCUACACCCACCUGGUCCUUCGACCCAAAUGACAUGGGAAUGAGAGCAGUAGACCGCCACAGCCUGAAGGUUGCAGAGGAACCACCAGCACCUUUCCAGGAGCAAGUAUCGGACCACCAUGUGGAAGGCUCUGCUAAAGCUCACAGCAGAGGUGAAUUGAAGGCCUCUCUCCUUCCGUUAACAGAGAACAUGAAAAGCAGCAGCCAACUAAGCUCCUCUUCCAAGAUCUGUGAUCUCAGCCUCUUUAGUGGAGGGAAUUUUGACAAUAGCCUCCUGGCCACCUGCUCCUUUUACGACCAUGUUCUCCACCUCUGGAAGUGGGAGAUAAUGCAAGCUUGAGGCUGCAUUCUUUGCAUCUUUAUUGGAUGUGACUUGGAGAGUACUGGCCUUUCAGAAUGGACUUUCUAAUUCUGUUUUGGCAGUGAAUGGGUUUUCCAGCUCUACAACUAAGUGUCUUGGGUAUAUUUUGACUUUCAGUCCUUCAUUUGCAUUUAAGUCCUUAUUUGUAUUAAUUAAAUAACUCCAAAUUUUUAAA